CUUACUGUUAUUACCACCCAAGAACGUGUUACAGCUGUCCACAUUAGUUGUCCUCCUUUAGCUGCGAUUUGUUUUGGUUGUCUGAACGUAGAAUAGGACCGUCCUAAAAUGACUAAAAUACAGAUCUUAAACUCUUAUCUGACAGAGCGUUUAAUGGUGGCUGUCCAAGAGAUACUGGAGAUGGUGAAAGAGGUGGUGUCUGAAUACCAGGAGGAAAAUGCCCAAACAAAGGGAGAGAAUGAGAGUCUCAGGCGAAGAUUGCGGGAAUUCGGACUGGAGAUUGAGUCGACUUGUUUGGGUGCACAGCCUGCUGCUCUUUCCGUCACUAGGGAAAAGCCUCUAGUAGAGCGGCAGGAGUGGGGGUCAAGUCUGGGGCAGGAUACAGAGCUCCUGCUGACUGAAGAGAAACAGGAGUUCACUAUGAAUCACAGAGAGAGACAGAGAGGAGAGGAGUCAACCUUGUCAUCUUGUGUCAAAAGUGAUGAGUCCAUCAACCCUACUGCCCCUGUUAACACCACGGUGACUAGGGAGAGCGAGGGGAUUAUCGAACCGCAGAGGACCAUCCUGAGUGAAGAGGAGCAUAGCGAGCUACAGUCUGUCAAUAUGGAAGAGACUGAUACCAGCUUUGUUUCUCCAGGACUGAAGAAGCUGGCAUUGGAAAUCACAUUGUCCAUGGUUUCACCCUCAUCAGUAAAUCCUGAAAUAAACUCCAUCCAAACUUCAGAUGUCUCAGUGAUGGAUCCGGUCAACACAGAGCUGAACUUUCAACCCAGCCUCAGACCAGACCAGAUUAAAACAGAGUCUGAUGAAAUGGACUUAAAGUUUGACCAGCCCUCUGAAUUAUGUUACAACCCUAAGACACAGUAUAGUAUUAAAAACACUUUGUGUGAAACGGGUGUAAUCGCAGGAUAUGACCAAGGAGUUGUCAGUGAAGCUCAGUCUGAGAGUCUUUUAGUUAAUCGCAGGGAAGAAAGGCAGCUCUCCUGCUUACAAUGUGGGAAGUGUUUCUGUCGUGUCUCAUAUGUUAAAAUACACCAGCAAAUACACACAGGGGAGAGGCCAUACUCCUGUGCCUGGUGUAGAAAGUCAUUCACUCAGUCAGGUGACCUGAGAAGACAUGAGCGAAUUCACACAGGUGAUAAACCACAUCAGUGCAUGUGGUGUGAAAAGAGUUUUUCUCAAGUAGGAAAUCUUAAGAGACACCAGCGGAUCCAUACUGGAGAGAGACCAUAUUGCUGCACCCAGUGUGGAAAGACAUUCUAUGAUGGAGGUGCGUUAAAAAAUCAUAAAAGGGUUCACUUGUGAGAGAGAAAACAAAGGAAUAUGCAAAUGCUGUUGGUUGCCAGUAAGAGAGGUGAUGGCAUUUAAAAAAAUAAUAGUAUAUUUUGCUGCUUGUACUAUGGCACAGUUCUCCACCAAAAACAUAGUGGCCAUAUACAAUUUAAUUCAAGGUAAUUUAGAAUAAAACUGUUGAGGUUUUUGAUUCAUAAAUGCUUAUAAUAGGCUUAUAAUACUGUUGAAAUUCUUACUCCGUUAUUGUUACUCAGCUAUUACAACAUCUAACUUCUUAAACCUUUCGCAAUAUUUUAUCUGAGAUCGUCUCAUUCCCAUUAUAUGGCUAUUGCAGAAACACUUCUACCCCCUCUCUCCUGAAAGUCCACUGGAAUGAGGCUGAAAACAGCCCCCAUUGACCGAAGGGAAAUGGGUGCUCACUGGGCUUCAUAAUGCUAUUAUGGAGAGCAGGGCAAAUGGGCUGGAGUCUGGUAUAUCAGGGUUAUAUUCUUAUUUUGAUUAGGGCUGUGCCAGUCAUGCAGACCUUUCGGACACUGACUGUAAACAUAAAAAAGAUGGACUUUUUUCUUCUGAUAAUUUUUCAGAUUGUCAAAAGUUUCGGUUCAAUCUCUACAUUUUAUUUAGCUGACACUUUUAUCCAAAAUGACUUACAGUUGAUUAGACUAUUCAGGAGACAAUCGCCCCUGGAGCAUUGUGGCGUUAAGGGCCUUGCUCAUGGGCCCAACAGCUGUGGGGAUCGAACCACCGGAAUUGAUUUGAGGAGGAUUUGUCACUCAACAUCUCUUAAAUCUGCUCUAACUUGAACACGGUUACAGAUUGUAAAUGAUGUGUCAUGUAUUCAUUGUAAAUAUAUUGAAGAAGUUAAGUAAAAAAGUAAAUGGAUUUUCUGAGAGGAUGUAGAUUUUUA